AUGAACGACGAAUAUCGAUAUUUCAUUCUUGAUUAUCCAAAUCUUAAUAAAAUCAAUUCUUGGCGCCAAAGAAAUUCUCCUACAGUAGAAGAAGAGGUAGCUAAUGUUACGAAGGCCGAAGGAUUCGAACGAUAUGUGACCGAUUUACCAAUGUCAAGAUGGGGAGGUCUUGUAUUAAAUAAAAUAAAUAAUUAUUCCUUGCUUAAUGGAAAUCCCGGUACAGUUUGGUGGCAUUAUGCUGUUGCAAUGCUUUGCAAUGAAGAAGGUGGAUAUCUAUCCAAAGGAUAUCCUGCUUCAAAGGAUGAUAUUUCGAAACAUGAAUUUAUAACCGAUAGAAUUCGUCUUUGGGCGAAAAGAAGUGAAGUCUUUCCUAAACUUGUUAUUACAUGUUUGAAACCCAACAAUUAUUAUCUCAUUCAUAUUCUUUUUAGUUUGUUCAUUCCAGUCUGCUUAGAAUCAUAA